UGGCCUUUUUUUAUAUUUUGAUAAAAACAAACAAAAAACAUAUGUUUAAACACACAGACAACAACACUUGUACACAUGUAUGUACAUAUAUAAUACAUACUAUAUGUAUUUUUUGAUCGUCGGCUGGUACUCUUAUUAUCAAUAAACGAAAUGAACUAAGUCGAGUUGUUAUUAUUGUUGUUGUCGCUGCUGCACUCGAGUUGCCGACCAACCGACCGACCAACCAUUAUACGCGCCCGUUCUCAGAAGUCAUUUAAGCGUCGUGCUUCACGCAACUGUUGUUUGUUUAACUUCUCAGUGUCUGUGUGUUUAUGUGAUAUUAAGACUGAAAUAAAUCCACGCAAAUAUUGUCAAUUGGCACCCAUAAUUAUCAGACUGUACAACAUAAUGAGUAACACAAUGACCGCGGCGCAUGAAAGUCCCAUUUCGUACCUGGACAAUAUUCUGAAGGAGGAGGACAAGCGUUGCGAAUACGGCCACCAGUGGCGCAACUUCACAAUCUCACGUUCAGGACGCUUCAGAUCGAAGAACAAGAAGAGGGAUGUGGUCGACGGAAAGCUCUUCGAUGGCAAUCAAAAUGUCGAAAGCGAAAAGAUCUCUGGACGAAAUGUGCCCAACAACAAGUCCUAUCAAACCACCUCUAACGCAACCGCAACAACAACGCUGACAAGCCCGACAUCGACGGCAGUGGCGGGAGCAGGAACAGCACGAAGUCAACGUGACAAAGUGGAGAGCUAUAAAAGUUUUUACGAAACGAAUUUAUAGAUAGUGACUAAAUGAUUGUGCAGCUACAUAUACUAUAUACAUACAUAUUAAGCUUUAUUAAAUCAGAGCAGUAAAGCGAAAGAGAGGGUGGGGAAGGGAGUAUGGUCGCAACGCGAAUUGUACAUACGAGUAUACCAUGCAUAUACACAUGUAUACUAUAUUCAUACAAAGACUAUUUUAAGCAAAGAUUCGGCAUACAACUUGCAGGAAGACUAACUAAUGAAAUUUUGUUUUUGCUUUCUACGCUGUGGUGUUAAGUAACGCAUAUUACGACAAGUAGUUUAACGCAGUUGCAACAGUACGGGUUGGCUUAAUAUUUAAAUACGACAUACAUAUACAAGUAUUCUUAA